GAAGACGUUGUUUACCAUUAUGGCGACCAGGCCCCGCUGAGUGUGUCCUUUAUUAUAACACAGUUUUUCGCAUCAAUUACACAAAGAAAUUGACAUUACCGGCUUCCUACAGGACCUCGGUGACCCGCAAUCGUUCUGGACUUGAGGAGGAGUGUAAAUAGAGCGCGGAAGACUAAGUGAGCGGCGGAAGAAGUGUUGGCGCCACUCGGGGACGUGGGACAACAUAGUCAUCUAAGCAAAUUCAAAAUGCCCAAGAAAGACGUAUUCAAGCCCGGCGACCCAGUGUUUGCCAAGGUGAAGGGCUACCCACACUGGCCGGCGAGGGUUGAAAACUUUGAGCCAGAUCCAUCUGGGAAAGCAUUGAAGAAAUAUCCGGUAUUGUUUUAUGGAACAUAUGAAACGGCGACAUUGAAGCCAGAUGAUAUCUAUCCGUAUGAAGAAAAUUUAGAAAAAUUUGGAAAGGCUCAGAAGAGGAAGGGCUUUAAUGAAGGCUUAUGGCAGAUUGUACACAAUCCUAACUUUGACCCAAAUAUACCCAUACCACCUGAAAUAUUGGCAAGUAGUAAUUCUGCACCAAAUACACCAAGGACUCCCCUUGGCAAACCUGGGACGAAAACUGUGGACUCUACUCCUGUUGAUGGAGUGAAAAUAAAGGCAGAAGAGUCGGAUGAAGAAGUUGCUGAUUUGGUUAUUGAUGAAUCUAGUGGUAAAGAGAAAAGAGCUGGUAGAAAACGCAAGAGACAAGAUUCAGAUGGCACUCCAGCUGAAGUAAAGAAAACUCCCAAAGACACACCAAAGCAGACCAGAGGCCUUCAGAAAGAAACUCCCAAAGACACUCCCAAGACACGGCUUGGAGCUAAGGAAGGGCAGGCAACAGAAACAGCUGAACCACAGGUUAGCAGGAGUGGUCGAUUGAUUAAGCCUAAAAAGUUCCUAGAUGAAGGGGAGGAAGCUUCCCGUCCACCAUCUGCUGCUGCAACCCCGACAUCUGCUCCAGUUGGGACUCCUUUGGGAGCCCCGGGUACACCAGCAUCUGGAACUCCUGCCACUCGUGCCACACUUGCUCCUACUCCUGCCACAACCCCAGUUUCCACCCAUACCUCUGUUCCUGAAUCUGAUGCAAGUUCAGUCUCUUCUUCAGCUCCUAAUUCUGCUGCUGCUGCAGCUCCAUCAUCAGGUGUGGCUCCUUCUGCUGCUGGUGAAGACACACCCACUCCAGCAGACACUCCUGUUUCUAAAGCACCAGCUGAGGCCUCCUUACCAGAAGGCAAGGAUACUCCAGUGAAUAAUACCAAUGCCAUCAAGACCCCAAGCUCACCCCCACCUCCAGCAGCCACCAAUAAGAAGAGGUUGUCUCAGGCCACUGCUGAGGAGACUCCAGCAACACCAGAAGUGUCUACACCAACGGCCCCUCCUCCCAAGAAGAGAGGCCGUCCUGCAAAAAAUCGAGAUGUUGAUGCAUCCCCAAAGGUUGCUGCUAACUCUGUCUCAACACCCAAGACUCCCGCAUCCCAAGAUACUACCUCAAAGUCAUUCUCACCAGCCACUAAAGCUCUUGGAGAUAGUGUGAAACAGCUGCCAGCAAGAGAAAAGGGGAAAAAUCAGCUGAAACAGAAUGAAAUAGAACUCCCUAAAGAGACGGAUGUUUCAAGUAAGCAGACAUUUUUGAAACUUAAAACUGAUAUUGAGUCUGGAACGUUAAAUGCUGAUGAACUUAAGGAACUUUCAAAAGCAAGUGAGAAAGAUGAAAUGCAUGCAGCAAUUGUAGAAGAAAACAGAAGAUAUACAGAGACGUGUAAAGCCAAGACCCUGGACAUGGAAGCACAGCUGCUUGACUUGGACCAGAAAAUCCGCGAGGCCUUGUCUGUAACGAAUCCUAGGAAGGAUGAUGCCAAACUCUACCUGGAAAAAAUGUCAAAAUUAGUCAUUUCUGGAUUAAUGCUAAAGAAGAAUCCUCAUGUUGUGGAUGCCAUUAAAAAAUGCCGCAGAUACAAAUAUGACGAUGAGGUUCGACUGAAGGCAGAUAUGGUGUACAACAGAUUUAAGCUGCUCUUCGUGGUGCCUGAAAGUCAAGAAUGGGACACUAUGUUUGCUGAAAAAGUAGCAGAAUUUGAUGAUGCUUGUCAUCGGUCGGGUAUUUCUGAGGAAAGCAAAAUCUCACUGGUUAGAGAUCCAACUCACCACAAAUGAUCAGUAAAUGAGUUUUGAAAAACCUGGAAAAGUUAGAUUGUGAUAAUCCAGUUACUAUACUUGGCCUUGGAGUGGGUAAGAGGUCUGCACCCUUCAUGAGCCCCAAACCAAAAUGAAGAUAGAUGAGGCAAAGCACAUUUCAGCUGCUGGGAUUUGAAACCUACCUAAAGUACAAGUAUUGUCAUGAUAUAAGCCAAGCCAAUAGGGAUUGUUGGGCAUGGCUAAUUGCCAUGAUCUCUGUUGGUGCUGCAGGUUUCCAGAAAAGGUUACCUGCUACAAUUAAGCAGGAUGUUAUUCUUGUUUCUGGAUAAAACAUUUCAUAGAAAUAGGUGAUACUGAAUUUAUUGUGGAUGUGAGUCAUUAUGUUACUUACAUAUUGCUUUGUUUGCAUAUGAACUUGCCAUUUUCCAUACAUGGAUAACAAAUAAAUAUAAGAUAAUCCAGUUCAGUGGGAGGAAAAGGCAAAAUUUAGUACCUGACAAAUAGUCAAUCACAAGUGUACAUAUUAUUAAGUCUUCAAGGAAUUGCUCUUUAUAGAAUUAGCUUUUCCUUGUGGUUAAAGAGCUUUUUGGUGAUUAAUUAUUGAGAGUACAAAAGUUUUAUCUCAGUAUUUCUUCAUAAUAGUACCUCAAAGUACUUUGUGACUAUAUAUAAGCUUUUAGGUUAUACAUAACAAUGGCAUCAUGAUAAGAUAUGCCAGUGAAUGGUCUUCAGGAGGAGUUCUAUAAAUGUCCAGAUCAAACAUGUUGUAUCACUGGAAAUUUCAGGCUGAGAUAGAAUGCUGUGAAAAAAGAUUAUGUGUAAAGUUAAUCCUCUGCACUUAACUGAAACAUCAUAUUAGGCAUCUAGAAUCACAACAUUGUAAACACUGGUGUAGGGGAAACUGAGUUGCUGGUACCAGGCACCUCACCAAAGCUUGCUCUGUCUUAUUAUGAUUGCCUUAUGUUUGUAAGACUCCAGAGAUACGGUCAUUUUCCACUAUACUAAGGGUAUAGAUAACUGAUUCUUGCUGUUCUCAGACUCUUCCUGAGUGGAGAGCUAGAACUAUAGGAUUGUAAAUUAUAUGUGUAGCCUUCCAGCCUAUCACAAUAGCACAAGUCAAUUGUGGUUGAGCUAAUGGGAGUCAUGCAGUUAUACCUUCUAGAUUGCAUUUGCUGAGUGAAAGAGGGAAUACCUUUAAUAGUUAUGUUGUAACGCAUGAGACUUUAGACAAUGUUUUCUUGUUUAAAAAAAAGAAAAAGAAAAGAAAGUGCUUACAAUGUUUUGAUUCUAGACAUCUUAUGUGAUUUAGCAUUUCUCUCAGGUGGGGGAUGACAAAAACAAGCUUUUAUUAUUGCAGGAGUAAAAAUACAGAUGAUAGUGUUCCCAGUCUCUUGGCUGUAUCCCCCUUAGUAAUUUUACAGUAUACAAGGAAUAUGGUAGCAGCGUUCUAACCCAACCAUGGGGUAUGUGGCCAGCACUGUUUUCAAAGCAUUAACAUACUGAUUUGGCAGAUUUUUAAACAUACAUUAUUUGCAUUCACUUUUGAUGAACAUUUUUGGCUUCAAUAAUUGUGGUCACUAUUUCAUUGAAUAUUUGGCAUGAUAUAAUUAUCAUAAAUCUGUGAUCAGCCUACACAUACUCAGUUUUCCCCAACCAAAGUUCUGCACUUUAUUUUACGUGUUGUCUUUGGAAUGAUCAGUUGCUGCUGUAUGAAUUGUUUUCACUAUUUAGCUCAUUAGUUGGGGAAGUUAAUGGUUCAAAUUCAGUUAUGUGCACGUAUGAAAGCAUGGAAGGUGAGAUGAAAGAGUUAUGCAAGGAAGAAGAUCUAUGUUAUAACUAGUAAUAUAGAGAUGGUUUUAUGGUAUUUUGAUGUGAAAGCAGGAUGAGCAACACUGAAUCCACUUAAGUGAGUUUCUGAUUAGAUGUGCUUUUCUGCUGUUGUAAUGAGAGGGUUAGACAAUACAAGGAGAGAAUGAAGAACAAAUAAAUAGAGGCUUAUGUCACAUCCAUCUUGUGGGAACAGUUCUGAGAAGCAUGUAUUGGAAGCAGAAGGAUAGAAUAGUUAAUUCAGCCUACAAUCUUAGAGAUGCAUAGCUUAAGAUCCCUUAUAGAAUAUAUACAUCCUAAUGUUAAAAGUGUGUUACAGUUUUAAAGUUUAUUUUUUAUUGUAUUUGAUGUCAUAACUUGAAAGGAAACAAACAUUUUACCUGAGAUAAUUAUUUGCUGGAUAUUUUUGUGCUACAGUGGAAUAUGUUGGCUGAAGUUCUUAUAUCUUUAUUUUCAGAAAUAUUUAGAUCAACAGAUGUGGAAGACUGAUAUCACUAAAUCUCUCAAAAUCCCGAAGUUGAUGAAUAUCUUGUAGCAUGUAUGUUGGUGUGCUUGUGGAUGAAUGGGUAUUUACUGCAGCUGUUCUGUCAUGCUUGUCUUUACCAAUGCUCCAGAUUUUCUCUCUCUCUCUCUCUCUCUCUCUCUCUCUCUCUCUCUCUCUCUCUCUCUCUCUCUCUCUCUCUCUCUCUCUCUCUCUCUCUCUCUCUCUCUCUCUCUCUCUCUCUCUCUCUCCAUUGCUGCUGACUAAACUUUUGAGGAUAUGCACUGAAUUAUAUUUUUUUCUAUAUUCUUCUCUAUUAGAUUUGGUAAAGUAACGUAUAACAAUAUUGUAAUAAUCUACCAUGCUGAUUGGUAGGUGCUAUAAAUGAUUGGUGCCAUGACAGUUACUCACUAGACACCUCCUUACUUACCUUUCAGUUGAAGGCCCUCAGGAAGAGGCUGGGAAAAGGGGAAAAGAAAAUACAAGUCCUUUGUCAAAAAGCUGAACAGAGAGGAAAGUUACAUAGUAUUAAGAGAUCAACAAAAUUAAGAUCUAGCUAGUACUUAAAAUAAGGCUUCAACUGAACAAUGUCAUGGCUACCUUAGCAUUUAAGGUAAUGUUUGUGUGGGUAAAGCUGUAUUCUUGGAAGAUCAUGCAUUUGGCUCAGGAUUGAGUGGCUGAACAGGUAACCAGGUAUGCAGAUAACUUCAUCCUGUGGUUAUUGACUCCUGCUGAGUAGAACAGUUUUGUGCUGAUGUGAAUGCUGUUGCUCGAAGCUUGGUUGGAUCUGUGAGAAUGGGUCCUAAACGUAGGGUUACUACUACAUUUCAUAGCACAUGAUAGUUUAAGCCUUACCUAGGUCUUUAUAUACAUUAGUAUGUGAAAAAGACUAGUUAGAUUGGCUAUAAAUGCUAUUGAGUUCAGGAUUGUAUGUAGCUCCCACCACUGUAUCAGAUGUUAAGGGUUGAAGUAGAUGCUUAGUGAAAAUAUGUACUAUUUUGAAAUCUUAAAAUGUAGAAGAAAAGUUGCAAGAUUUUAUCAUGUCCUGUGUCCUUGUGUAUAUACAAUAUAUUUUCUCUAUACUUGUAAAGCUAUAAGACAUAGAAUUAAACCAUAGCAUAAAACUAAA